GUUGUCUAUUUAUUUCUCUGUUUCUCACAAUUCUUCUAUUUGCAACAUUUGAUUGGGCACUUUCCUAUUGUGAACAGGCAAAGAAUAGAUUAAUGAGCGAACCAGGUGGCGAAAGCCUGGAAACAGAGUCAGAAGCAAAUGCUGCCCUGUUGAACAACCUUCCACAAGACAAGAAGGAGUCUGUGGAGACAUUUAUAAGUGUUACUCGUUGUCAGUCAGUGGAAGAAGCUGUUGAUAGAUUGGCAAGCGUGGGUUGGGACUUGGAACGCGCAGUUGACCUACAUAUCAGUGGAGAAUCUUUUCCUGUUAAUAGACCGCCAAAUAAUUCAGAGAAUGGCGUACGUGAAAACCCGACAAUACCACGACAAGAAAUAGGUACUGGUGUGAUUGAACAGACCGGUAGCAAUACCGCUUCGUCGAGAUCCCGCCCGUCCACUCUGUUUCAAAUGACAAUAUCGUUCUUUUUGGCUCCUUUGAGAGCGUUAAUUAAGGCUGCUGCUUCAUUGCUUCGUUUUCUAUUUGUUGGUCCUCGUUCGGUGAGUCGACCUCGUAUAGAAGUUGCCCGAAGAGCAGCAAGAGAGUUUGCACAGCAGUUUGAAAGUGAAUAUGGCAGCAUUCAUCCCACAUUCUUUCAGGGUUGUUUUUUAGAUGCCUUAAAUUAUGCAAAACAGCAGUUCAAGUUUGUUAUGGUGUAUUUACAUGCAGACCGUCACUAUUUAACUCCAGAUUUUUGCAGGGAUGUAUUGACGAAUGAACAACUUGUUGGUUUUAUUAACGAAAACUUUAUUUUUUGGGCGUGUUCUGUGGACAGUGCAGAAGGUCGUCAUUUGCAAGUUUCUUUUCGUGCUACUGAUUUUCCGUAUAUCGCUAUUGUCACAGUUGCUCAAGGAAGAAGAAAUGCACAAGUUUUGGAGUCGAGGCAAGGUGCUAUGGAGAGUGAUGAGUUGACAGAGUUUCUUGUACAAACUUUGGAGAGACAUGGGGAAAUAUUGAAUAGUGCACGUUUGGAACAACAGCGUCAUCUAGAAACAAGGCAAAUUCGUGAAGAACAAGACGUUGCUUUUCAACGAGCUAUAGAAGAAGAUAGAGCGAGACUUGAAGCUGCAGCACAAGCGGAAGCAGCUCGUAAGGAAGAACAAGUCCGUUUAGAACGAGAGAAAGAAGAAGCGGAGUUGGAAAGAGAGCGCUUAGAAAGACGACGACAGCUCAAGUUACGAGAGAUAGAAGAGGAGGCAGUGAAGGGCGAUAGCGAUACGGUUACUAUAGCAAUUAGACAGUCGGAUGGUAGUCGAAUGGAGAGACGGUUUAGAAAGGAGAAUACUAUUCGGCAAGUCUUUGAUUGGGUGGAUACCCGUGGCAUUGAUAUUGAUAAGAUCUGUCUCGUUUGUAACUUUCCGAAACGUCGUUUUGACUACACAAAAGAUGGCCAUUGGAAACUCUGUGAAAUAGAUCAAGGACCUCAUUUGGUUUUUUUUAUCGAAGACAAGUAAAAGGUGAUCAUGUAUUUUUGCUCAUC